AUGGCUGACCAGAUUCCUGUCAAUGGCGGCUUCGAUGGCCACCGGAAGCUGGCUGAAUGGGUUGUCACGAACGGGGGCUACAUGCAUCCAGAUAUCGACUUUGCCUAUAGCAAAGACAGUGGCUACCACAUCGUCGCCGGCAAUGGCAAGACAGUCACGCCAGGAACGAGAGUCUCUAGCUGCCCAAUGGCUUGCACAAUGUCGGUCAUGAACGUCUUCAACACCACACCGUUCCCAAAUAGAGGCACCAGGUUCCCGGAGAAGUUCAUCAGAGCCAAUCUCGAAUCUCCGGAGUUACUGCAGACGUUCUUCCUUAUGGAACAGCAUGUUCUGGGCGACCAGUCCUGGUGGGCUCCGUACAUCAAGACAUUGCCAACGGUGAACGACGUCAAUCAGCUUCAAUUCGACUCGCCUGCUGAUGCAGCAUUCAUCCGUGGCACAAAUCUCGAGGUUGGAUACCGCGAGCUGAUGGCAAGAUGGCGAGGUUACUACGACAAGGGGCUGAUUGAUCUCAAAGCGAACGACUGGAGACAGGAUAAGUGCUUCUCAUACACCUGGGAACUCUUCAGAUGGGCAGCAAGCAUGUUUGGAAGUCGAGGCUUCUCGUCAGCAGUGCUGGCCGACACGGCGCCAGCAGAAGAUGCACGCCUACGAAUCACCAAAGACUCAGCCAUCAGAAAGCUAUGGGCUGACAGGUUCUCCGUUCUGCUACCACUAAUGGACAUGCACAAUCAUAAGCCAAAGACCAAGGUCGACUGGCAGCCACGAACAAGCUUCGUGGGUCUACAGGUGCACGAUACCUACCAAGCAGGAGAGCAAAUCUACAAUAACUACGGACCGAAAGACAAUGAGAGUCUGCUGCUAUCUUAUGGCUUCAUCUCGGAGAAUCGAUCGUUCCAGCAUGUCGCCUUGUCCAUUCAGGUGCCCCCUGGUACGCUACUAGACGUCACAAGGAAGUUCCAGGUCGACAUGCGCUCAAACGCGGAGCACAAGCUCUAUAUCCUCAACAUCGGCCACGUCAAGGCUGCUUCCGCGACUUGUCUAGAGGCUGUCCUGUUUGACUACGACCUACUCGACACGAUCUCGGUGUUGACUGCCAACGAACGCGAGAGCUCGGCUAUGCUCGCUGAAGAGGCUACACUCAUGAGCACCUGCUUAGCACGAGAGCAUAAGUUUCAAGACUUCCGCAACCUGUUGGGCGUCCUCGGUCAGAUCAUCAUGCACUGCGAGACUGGACGGAAGAGGCUGAUAUCGACUCGUCCGAAGGAGGCGCCGACGAGUUCGAAGCAAUUGAAUGCCAAUCGGCUGCGUGAUCAGCAGAUCGGACACUAUGAGGAUGCGCUGCUUCUGGGAAAAGUCAUCCUAGCACAAGCAUGCCAAAGCCAUUUGGAGGCCGCCUCAGCAACAAAGCUCGUCCAUGCAUUCGGUAAGGAAUACGCUGCCCGAGCUACGACGAACAUCAUGGAUCUCUUCAAUCGCUUGCCCAAGAUCACCCGCCACGAAGAGCUCUUUACUCUCCCAAAGCUUGUAGCUAUGCUUCCGCCCGCAGCUCAAACAACCCUCAGCGGCCUCCUGAAGGACAUCGAGGCGAGUGCAAUCCGUCAUUUGGCUCUCAGCUCUACCUUCGACGCUCCCACCACAGACCAACUCAGAGCAACACAACAAAUCCGCAUGGCUUUAUGUAUCUCCGCCGCCCACCACACAUACACGCGCGGGUUGAAGGUUGACAAGCGCCUAGCGAGCUGGCUGGAGCAGGUGACGGCGUGGUACCCCACUGACGACGAUGAGACGUGGGCGUAUGUCCCCAGUGCUGAUGGGCCGUGGAGUAUUGGAGAGCAGCCGCCAGUGGCGUUGCUGGCCUUAAUGAAAGCCGCCGAGGAGCACUUGUUAGAUGGGCAGCAGCAAGGAGGGAUCCCCAAGCAAUGGCUCAAACCAAAAGCGCUGUGCUGGGCGUAUAAUGUUAUGUUCGAGGAAGUGGUGGCGGUGCCGAAACGUGUGGUGCAGGUCAGCAGCCACAUUCGUGAAGACUUCAAUGGUGAUCAACAGGUAGGUGCAGGUGGCGAGGAAGGAAUAGAUGUGCUGCUCUACAUAAAGUCAGAAUAA